UAACAUGAGUAUGGAUCCAGUUUGUUCACAAAGCCUGCCUUGCUCCGAAGCAUCCGACUGUGGAGAAUCUUCACCUGCGCCUGUGAUUUGUGAGCCUGAAGAAAAUUAUCCAUCCUUGCAAAUGUGUUCUGCUGAGAUGCCUCACACAGAGACUGUGUCGCCUCUUCCUUCCUCCAUGGAUCUGCUUAUUCAGGACAGCCCAGAUUCUUCCACCAGUCCCAAAGGCAAACGACCCACUGCUGCAGAGAGUAGCGCCACAGCAAAGGAAGACAAGGUCCCGGUCAAGAGACAGAAGACCAGAACUGUGUUCUCUUCCACCCAGCUGUGUGUGCUCAAUGACAGAUUUCAGAGACAGAAAUACCUCAGCCUUCAGCAGAUGCAAGAACUUUCCAGCAUCCUGAACCUCAGCUACAAACAGGUGAAGACCUGGUUCCAGAACCAGAGAAUGAAAUCUAAGAGGUGGCAGAAAAACAACUGGCCAAGGAAUACCAGUGAUGCGACUCAGAAGGCCUCAGCACCCACCUACCCCAGCCUCUACUCUUCCUACCACCAGGGAUGCCUGGUGAACACAACUGGGAACUUUCCGGUAUGGAACAACCAGACCUGGAGCAAUUCAACCUGGAGCAACCAGACCCGGAACAUCCAGUCCUGGACCAACCACUCCUGGAACACUCAGACCUGGUGCACGCAGUCCUGGAACACUCAGGCCUGGAGCAGUCCCUUCUAUAACUGUGGGGAGGACCCUCUGCAGUCCUGCAUGCAGUUCCAGCCAAAUUCUCCCUCCAGUGACUUGGAGGCUGCCUUGGAAACUUCUGGGGAAAGCCAUAAUGUAAUACAGCAGACCACUAGGUAUUUGAGUACUCCACAAACCAUGGAUUUAUUCCUAAACUACUCCACGAACAUGCCACCUGAAGAUGGGUGGAGAUGAAUGGAACUGACAUGACUCAGUUUCACUCUGAGCACUGGCUGAAUCCUUCCUCUCCCCACCUCCCCUCCCUCAUAGGAUUUUUCUUGUUUGGAAACCAGGUGUUCUGUUUACAUUAUGCCUACCCAGCCAAUCUGAAUGGAGGGUGGGGUAUGGUUGGAGCCUAAUCAGAGAGGUUUCUUGGUUUUAUCCUGUUGGAUCUUCCUGGAGAAAAGAUGUUUUAAUAACCUUGGCUGUUCAGGACACCGUGAUAGACGCUGUCUCUGGCUAGAGAUAAGUAGAUCUAAUACUAGUCUGGAUAUCUUUAGGGUUUAGAAUUUAACCUCAAGAAUAAGAAAUAAAGUAUAAAUUGGU